AUGGAAUCUUCAACAAAACCAAACAUUAUAAUAGUCGGAGGUGGAUAUGCAGGUGUACAAGUAGCCCAAGAUCUUGACAAAUCUCUCUCAAGAACACAUCAAAUAAUUCUCAUUGAAAAAAAGACGCAUUUUUAUCAUGCGGUUGGUUCAUUACGUGCAAUGGUCGAAGAGAAUUUUGAGGAGAAAAUUUUGGUGCCAUAUACUUUGCUACUUAAAAACGGCGGGAAAGUUGUGCAUGCUUCCGUUACCGAAAUUCAUAAAAAUGAAGUGAUAGUUGAUACAGAAACUGAAUGGGGGACUAGUAUUCCAUUUGAAUAUUUGAUUCUCGCUACGGGAAGUUCAUAUGCUGCACCGGCUAAAGUCGAUAAAACGACAAAAGAAGAAAUCGUUUCAGAGAUUGGAAAAAGACGUGAUGCUGUCAAAAAUUCCAACAAGAUUUUAAUUAUUGGAGGUGGUGCAGUUGGCAUUGAACUUGCUGGAGAGCUUGCUACUGUAUACAAAGAAAAAACAAUCACAUUGGUACACGCUGGAGAAACUCUUCUUCAUCCAAAAUUUCCAAAGAAACUUCGAGAUGAUUUAUAUAAACAACUCAAAGACUUAAACGUUAAUGUAAUAUUUGGCGAAAAAUUGGUACUCCCGGAAGGUGGUCUCGGUGAUGGUGUCACUUACAAGAAAUUACAAACGAAUAAAGGCACUACAAUCGAAAGUGACGUACAAUUUUUUGCGAUCGGUGCAAAACCAAACACAUCUCUUGUUAAAACGCUUGAUGCCUCGCUUUUAGAAGAAAAGACGAACCUUAUUAAAGUCACGCCGACACUACAACUUGAACACGAAGAAUUUAAACAUAUGUUCGCAGUUGGUGACGUUACAAAUAUCGAUGAAACGAAAAUGGCUUAUCGUGCUGGACUACAAGCAGCUGUCGUCACGAAAAAUGUCGAAGCUUUGAUUUCCAAAAAGAAACUAACAGAAUACCAACCACCGUCAGAAGUUAUUGUGGUUACAAUUGGUAAAACUGGUGGUGCUGGUUUAUUGCCAAUGUUUGGUGGUCUUGUCGUUGGGCCUUUUUUAGUAAAGAAUCUCAAGGGAAAGGAUUUAUUUCUCGGUAAAUAUUGGAAGCAAAUUACUGGCGAGGCUUUCCCUUCUUUGGCAUCUGCCAAAGCUGCUUUUCCUGCAAAUGCUGUUGUUCCUGUAAUUGCGACUUUUGUGACCGUUAUUUCUUAUACUUUAUAUUACAUUCUUUAA